CUGUCUCUCUGUCUCUCCGUGUGUCUCUGUGCGUCUCUGUGCGUCUCUGUGUCUGCCUGAGCCCGCGCCCCCCGUGACCCCUGUCGCCCUUCGGCCCCGGCCCCCCAGCCCGGCGGGACAGGUCGGGGCCCGGUGCCCGGCGGAGGCGCCGGGAGCCGCCCGCUCCCCAGACAUGCCCGGCGGAAGGAGGGGCCCCAGCCGGCAACAGCUCAGCCGCUCGGCCUUGCCCUCUCUCCAGACCCUGGUCGGCGGGACCUGUGCCAACGGAGCCGUGCUGAGGAACAGGAACGGCGGCCCCGUGAGUCUGCCCUCCGCCCCCGUGACGGCUCUGAUCACGCCCGAGCCCGUGCGGCACCGCCAGAUCCCCGACCUGCCCGCGGACGGGAGCCUGCUCUUCGAGGCCCUCUUCUUGGUCUACUUGCUGGUCGCCCUCUUCACCCAGUACAUCAACAUCUACAAGACCGUCUGGUGGUAUCCCUACAACCACCCCGCUUCCUGCACCUCCCUGAAUUUCCACCUCAUCGACUACCACCUGGCCGCCUUCAUCGCCGUGAUGCUGGCCCGGAGGCUGGUCUGGGCCCUGGUGUCCGAGGCCUCCCGCGCCGGCGCCGGCUCCCUGGCCAGGUACCUGGUCCUGAUCGCGGCCCGCCUGGCGCUCCUCACCCUGUGCGGCUGGCUGCUCUGCUGGACCCUGGUCAACCUCUUCCGCAGCCACUCCGUCCUCAACCUCCUCUUCCUCGGCUACCCGUUCGGCGUCUACGUCCCCCUGUGCUGCUUCCACCAAGACGGGCGCCCGCGUCCGCUCCCGCCGCCGACCUACGGGCUGGUGGUCCCGGCCGGGGAGGAGGACGAGGAGGAGGAGGACGGGGCCGAGGCCGGGGGCCGGCCCAAGGACCUGGUGGCCCUGCUGCGCGAGUCCCUGCGGGAACAGUGGCACCGCGCCCCGCCCCUCCCCAGCCACAGCUGCCCGCCGUCGCCCGCCCUCAUCCGCAGCGAGGUGGACGGCCUGAAGGCCGACUUCAACCGCCGCCUCAAGGAGGUCCUCUUCAACUCCCUGUCCAGCACCUACUACGUGGCCUUCCUGCCGCUCUGCUUCGUCAAGAGCACGCAAUACUACGACAUGCGCUGGUCCUGUGAGCACCUGAUCAUGGUGUGGGUCAACGCCUUCGUCAUGCUGACGGCCCAGCUGCUGCCCCCCAAGUACUGCGACCUCCUGCACAGGGCCGCCGCCCACCUGGGCAGCUGGCAGAAGCUCGAACACGGCUCCUACAGCAACGCGCCGCAGCACAUCUGGUCGGACAGCACCAUCUGGCCUCAGGGGGUUUUGGUCCGACACAGUCGCUGCCUGUACAGGGCCGUGGGCCCCCAUAACGUAGCCGUGCCUUCGGACGUCUCCCACGCCCGCUUCUAUUUCCUCUUCCACCGGCCGCUGCGACUGCUGAACGUGCUGCUGGUGAUGGAGGGCGGCCUGGUGCUCUAUCAGCUGUGCUCCCUGCUUCGCGCCGACAAGUGGAACCACACUCUGUCCCUGGCCCUCGUCCUCUUCUGCAACUACUACGUCUUCUUCAAGCUGCUGCGGGACCGCCUCGUGCUCGGACGUGCCUACUCCUUCCCGGCCAACUACCGCCUCAAGGCCAGCUGAGGCCCGGCCCGAGCCCCCCCCGAGCCCCCCGCCCCCGGCCCGCACAGAGACUCUUUUCAUACAGUUCUAUUUUUCGUUUUUUCUCUUGCCAUGUUUAUAAGUAUUUAAGAUAUUUUAUAUUUUGUAUACUAUCGUGUUUCGCGAGGGGGGGAGGGAGGGCUAUUAAAUGUCUCCGGAAGUA